GAGCGUGUAUAGAAUAUAACGUCGACCUCUUCAAAAAGGAGGUAACAAACCAAAACAGGAACAGAACAGAACAGUAUUGACAUGUCAAACUCAGUUUAUACGAGUUCUAAUCCUUUCGACGAAGAUGAAGACGGUUAUAGAAAUAAACAUAACCGUCCCAGCCGCGAGAAGUUGUCACAAGAAGAACAGAUCCAGCGGAUGAUGCAAGAAAUCGAGGAUUCUGAGGCACGACAGCUCGAGAGUACGAGGAGGGCUCUCGCAAGUAUUGAUGAAUCAGAACGAAUGGGUGUCGCUACUGCAGAGGAAUUACUUCAACAGCGUGAGCAGCUUAAGAACAUUGAAAUCAAAACUGGUAAAAUAAAUCAGGAUUUAAAAACAUCUCAAAAACACAUCACAAGUAUUGGGAGUAUCUUUGGCGGAAUUAAAAAUUGGUGGAACGGUGAUAAAGAGAAAGAACCAGCAGGUGCUACACCAACUGAGAAAAAGGGAAAGUUGGAACAAACAUUGGAACAUCAGAGCACAUCACGACCUCAUCCAGCAGAACGGUACAAGACUGAUGAUGGACAUGGGUUUUAUGAAGAAGAUUUAGAUUCCAAGUUCAUGAAAGGUGCUCGAAAGCCUGAACCCCAGCAGUACUUUAAACCAAUUACAAACAGCAGCAAAGAACAGAGGCUUAAUGAAAAUUUAGAUAUGAUGUCGGAGGGAAUGUCUCGUCUGAAAGGUUUGGCUAUCGGACUUGGUGAUGAGAUCGAGACACAUAACGAACUUCUUGACCGCAUCAACACCAAGGUGGACCGUGCUGACAUCAAACUUAAAGACCAAAACAAACAGAUGCGGGGUAUUCUCAAAUGAUACAUGCAAAUCACAGGCUGUCAUCACAUUUAGUGGGUCAAUGUGCAGUGUAGAUGUUAAGAUUAGUGCAAGUUGUUUCCAUUUUGAACAUUUCUUGUAUUAAACUGAAUCAAUGCUAGAUUGGACAACUGUAUGAGAUUGUUAUCAAGAUUAUUUUUGAUGAAGUUUACCGACUUACAAAAAUAAGUUGAAGUUAUUCAAUUAUCUUUUUAAGAAUUAAGAAUUAACCAUCACUUAAGUCCUAGAAUUGUAUGAGCAAGAUUUUUUUAUUCCAAUUACCGGUUAAUCUAUGCUUUUUGCAUAAAUAUAAUUGUCUAAUCUGAGUUUAGUAAAUUUUUGCAGGAACACAUGGUCUUGUCUUGGGAGUUUUAGUAAAACUGGACAAAGUACUAUUAACAGCUAUAAAUUAAGUAUUGAUAACUUGUUACUCAUUUAUAUAAUUCUUUUAACACAAUCAAGUAACAUGCUAAUUCCUUAUGACUUGCAGUAGUCCUGUUAUAUAUACAACUUUAAUUUGCCAUCAAUGACUUUCAAUUUUGUUGCACUUGUAGUUCGUAUUGUGUAAUUCUGUGAUAAUUGUUAUGUUUGUGUGUGCAUUUCUUGUAUUUAUUUCCAGGUCAUAUACAGAUUUUUUCCAACAUACUUUUGAUUUUACUUUAGAAAUAUACUUGCCUGCUUUAGUAUGUUUAUUAUUCAGUUGGGUUAUAAGCAGGAUUUCCUCCACACUGGGUGAUGAGUAUAUGUACUUCAUUUCUGAUUUAGAUUGAAAAUGUGAUACCGCAUAAUUGUGUCUAUAAAUAAAGGACUUGCUUUGAUACUUACUAAAAGAGACUAUGAAUAUAAGAGUUUAUAAGUGUUUACAUUUGUAUGUCAUGUAAAGCCAUGGUCAUAUUGCACUUUUGGUAUAAAUUAUACAUUGUAAACAUGUAAUGGAAUGAGCAAUACAUGUACACUUUAAAAACAUUCCUUUCUGUAUAACAUUUAAAAAAAAAAACUGCUAUUGUUAUGCCCCCCUUCGAAGAAGAGGGGUAUAUUGCUUUGCACAGGCAUGUCGGUCGGUCGGUCGGUCCGUCGGUCCGUCGGUAGACCAAAGCUUGUCCGAGUGAUAACUCAACAAUUCCUGGACGUAUGGUCAUCAAACUUCACAUGAAGGUUGGGCCUGACCAGUAGAUGACCCCUAUUGAUUUUGGGGGUCAUCAGGUCAAAGGUCAAGGUCACAGUGACCUUUAAUGGUAAAAUAAUUUUAAAGCUUGUCCGAGUGAUAACUCAACAAUGCCUGCACCCAUGGCCCUCAAACUUGACAUGGAGGUUGGGCCUGACCAGUAGAUGACCCCUAUUGUUUUUGGGGGUCAUCAGGCCAAAGGUCAAGGUCACAGUGACCUUGAAUGGUAAAAGGUUGUCCGAGUGAUAACGUGACAAUGCCUGCACCCAUGGCCCUCAAACUUGAGUUGGAGGUUGGGCCUGACCAGUAGCUGACCCCUAUUGUUUUUUGGGCUCAAUGGGUCAAAGGUCAAGGUCACAGUGACCUUGAAUGGUAAAAGGUUGUUCGAGUGAUAACUCAACAAUGCCUGCACCCAUGGCCCUCAAACUUGACUCGGAGGUUGGGCCUGACCAGUAGAUGACCCCUAUUGUUUUUGGGGGUCAUUGGGCCAAAGGUCAAGGUCACAGUGACCUUGAAUGGUAAAAGGUUGUCCGAUUGAUAACUCAACAAUGCCUGCACCCAUGGCCCUCAAACUUGACUUGGAGAAUUGGCCUGACUAGUAGAUGACCCCUAUUGUUUUGGGGGGUCAUUGGGCCAAAGGUCAAGGUCACAGUGACCUUGAAUGGUAAAAGGUUGUCCGAUUGAUAACUCAAAAAUGCCUGCACCCAUGGACUUGGAGAAUUGGCCUGACCAGGAGAUGACCCCUAUGGUUUUUGGGGGUCAUCUGGCCAAAGGUCAAGGUCACAGUGACCUGGAAUGGUAAAAGGUUGUCCGAGUGAUAACUCGACAAUGCCUGCACCCAUGGCCCUCAAACUUGACUUGGAGGUUGGGCCUGGCCAGAAGAUGGUCCCUAUUUAUUUAAGGGGUCAUUGGGCCAAAGGUCAAGGUCACAGUGACCUGGAAUGGUAAAAGGUUAUCCGAUUGAUAACUUGACAAUGGCUGCACCCAUGGCCCUCAAACUUGAUUUGGAGGUUGAUCCUGGCCAGAAGAUUGUCCCUAUUAAUUUUAGGGGUCAUUGGGCCAAAGGUCAAGGUCACAGUGACCUUAAAUGAUAAAAGAUUGUCCAAGUGAUAACUCAACAAUGCCUGCACCCAUGGCCCUCAAACUUGACAUGGAGGUUGGGCCUGACCAGUAGAAGACCCCUAUUGAUUUUAGGGGUCAAAGGUCAAGGUCACAGUGACCUUGAAAGCAAACUGGACAAUUCUUGGACCUAUGAUCAUCAAACUUGACAUGAAGGUUGGGCCUGCCAAGUAGAUGACCCCUAUCGACUUUGGUCAUCAGGCCAAGGUCAAUGUCACAGUAACCUUUAAUGCAAAAAAGUUAACAAAUCUUCCCCCAAUGAUAUCUCGACAAUGCCUGAACCUAUGAUCAUUAAUCUUGACAUGGAUGUUAAGCCUGACCAGUAGAUCACCCUUAUUGAUUUUAGGAUUCAUAGAGCCAAAGGUCAAGGUCACAGUGAUCUUGAAUGGUAAAAGGUUGUCCGAGUGAUAACUCAACAAUGCCUGAACCCAUGGCCUUCAAACUUGACUUGGAGUUGCAUCUGACUUGUAGAUGACCCCUUAUGAUUAAGGGGUCAUCGGGUCAAAGGUCAAGGUCACAGUGACCUUGAACGAAAAAAACUUGUCUUUUGAUAACUUGACAAUGCCUGCACCCAUGGCCCUCAAACUUGACAUUUAGGUUUCAGGUGACCAGCUAAUGACUCUGGAUUUUGAGUUCAUAGAGUCAAAGGUCAUGACGGUCAUAACACACUUUAUCCUCACACUUUAAUGGUCAUAAUCUUAAAACAGCAACAAAUCAGCUGUCAUUUCGGUCCAUGCAUAUUUCAUUCAAUUGUCCAUAUAAUCCUGACAACAUGGCGCUCAGGGGGGGCAUAAUGUUUGACAAACAUCUCUUGUUUUCUUUAGAUUUUCUCAUUUUUGUUUGAAUAUAAGAUUAAAUUUAAAGAUAAUGAAACUGUAUAGAUAUAAAAGAGCAUUUAAUUAACAUCAUAUAGUAUUUUGUUUUGUAAAGUCAUUUUGAUAUGUUCAACUGCAUAUAGCUGUUGUCACAUUGUUGGCAGAUGCUGCAGUAGAGGUUACUGCAGAUCUAGUCAUCUAUUUACUUUUUAUUUCAUUAUUUCCUAUGAAUAACCUCAGAAUCUGCUGUAAAUCUAUACAAUAGAACAUGUGUUAAUAUUGUAUUCAUUUAUAUUGUGUCUGGAAUAGAUCAGGAACCAGUUACAUUUGUUACAUUUACUUUUAUAUGAUGCUCAUUUAUCUUGUAUAUAAUUUGAACUAUA